AUGACUGUAAUAGUCUUCGUUCUUUGGGUUGCGAGUGACGCAGAGCGCGUGGUCGAGGCAGACGAUGCAGACGCAGACGAUGCAGACGUAGAGGGUGAAAUCGCAGACGAUUCUGACGCAGAAGAUCCCGUUACGAGUGAUGCAGAUCCAGAUGAUGGAGAUGUUGAUGAUGACGAAGGUGAAGUAGAUGGUUUGAAAGUAAAGAGAAGCAGAGAAGACGCAGAGGGGACGCAGAGGGGACAGGCGAGGCAGAUCAAACUCUCACUUGUCGCAUAA